AUGGAGAAGACUAUGGAACAAUCAAUGUACAUCAAGUUUAAGUCAAAGAAGUCAAAGCCACAUGUAAAUGGAAAAUCUCCUUCCACCAAUGCUACUCAAAUCACGAAAACAGAGAAAUCUUAUGAUGUUCAACUUGAAUUCAAACAUAGGAUCACUCAGUGCACGGUGUUGGAGGUUAAAGUGAUAGAAGGUCUUGGAGCAACCAUGGAUGUGGUAUUGGUUAAUGGUGUUCUUCAUGAAGGAGAUGAGAUUAUUGUUUGUGGCUUUCAGGUGGCAUUGAUAUUGUUCAGCUCCUUAACAGAGACAAUUGGUGAUUCUUUUCGACCAUAUUUUGCUGAUUUACAAGCACUUCUACUCAAGUGCCUACAAGAUGAGACUAGUAAUAAUGUUAGAGUGGCUGCCCUCAACUACAUCCCUAUCUUAUACACACAAAUUAAGUUUUGCGAAUUUAUCCCAAGCAUAUUAAAUGUUUCAAGACAAUGCCUUGCAUCUGGUGAUGAAGAUGUUGCAAUAAUUGCUUAUGAGAUAUUUGAUGAACUUAUUGAAUCUCCAGCACCCCUUCUUGGUGACUCAGUCAAAGCCAUAGUCAAAUUCUCUAUUGAAGUUUGCUCAAGUCCAAAUUUGGACUCCAGCACACGACAUCAGGCUAUUCAAAUCAUUUCAUGGCUUGCAAAGUUCAAAUCCAGUUCCCACAAUUCAUGGGCUGUAAGAGACCCUGAACAGGUUGUAAGAGGAGCUUCCUCUUUUGCAUUAGGUCAAUUUGCAGAGUAUUUGCAGCCUGAGAUUAUUUCACAUUAUGAAAGUGUUCUUCCUUGCAUUCUAAAUGGCUUAGAAGAUUCUUCUGAUGAAGUCAAGUUAAAUAGAUAUUAUUACAAACAUAUGGGAAUUGGGAUGGUUUUGGUUGUUAGUAAAGAACUAUUGGCAUUAACUAGAAAGGAGCUUGGGAUAUUACCGAAAGAUUCCAUUCAUUACUCUGCAACAAGAAAAGGUUUUAGAAACCAAAUAAAGAACUUAUGGUGGAAAAAAAGAAAAGAAGAUUCCACUGAGAAUCAAGGCUGUUAUUACAGAGAAAUAUGGUGCACAGGGAUGUAA